AAACGAGAUACGUGGUUUGGUAGUUUCACCGUCGAUAUGUAAUUUAGCGUAUUUUCAUUUUUUAAAAAUUCUGUUUGACCGCAUCAAUGUUUCUGAAUGCAUCUACGUAAGCCCAAGGUUGAAUUCUAUUGGAUACAAAUAGCGGGACCCACUCCAGUGUUGCUAAAUUAGGUUAAAAAACGUGUUUUUUGCGGCAACUUUGGUCAGCGUAGGUCGGCUCACGGAACGCAUUUUCGGCGCAGGAUUUCGGUUGGUAAGAGUGGCCGUAUGACAAUGAAAAAAUAUGUGUAUUUGUAUCAUACGUCCUACUUUUUUUAGGUAACAACAAGAAAUAUUAGAUAUAAAAUGGGUUCUUAAUAAAUUGAUUGAAAACUGAAUAACAUAUAUGUGAUUGUUAAAAAUUUACCUAGUUUUAAGUAAUUAGGUAAUGGUCCUAGUAAUUAGUUAACUUUAUUAAACUUAAACGUUCUGCGCUGCAUGCCUGAACUCAACAUCAGAACUUCAUUUCAUCAAUUUUUCUUGCGCGAAUCGUGCUCUUCUUAAAGUUUGAUGAAUCUCUCGUAACAAGCAGCUUUCAUUUGAGCUUUGUCUGGUGGUCAGUGUACUUUCUAGACUGUGGGCUCUCUAGGGUUAGCAAUCUAAGUUUCGAUACGCUGUGCUAGGAGGUUGUUGUGCUGGAGGAUGCAGAUCAGUUAUUAUGGAAAUGAUGAAAAAGAGGCCGGCAAAACAGGAUGCAAAUCAACGUGCUCCUGGGCCGAUAAAUUGCCUAUCUCUGCACAUUGAAGGCGAUCACAUGAAUGGACGCCGCGUUGGCGCAGCAUUGAACUCACGAAUCUAUAUAUCAUCGCGGGAAUGAUGGUGAACGUAUCAAAUUAAACGUCUAACGUAGCUUUCUUUGAUUGGAGGGAACAGCAAAUCCCUCACUUCGACUCGCAUUGCGAGUCAGUUGACGGUAAUAUUUUCAUAAAAAUGUAACAUUUGGUAUUUUCUUCCUUAACUCUCUAAAUAUCGGGGUAAACUUAAAAUUUUCCAUUAUUUUCAAUAAUGAAAAUGCAGAAACUUUCAUAAUGAACCGCGGUAAAAUUUUCUUGGGCCUCCAAAAUUGUUAGUUCAAACGAAGUUUAUGUCUUGAAGGGCCCACUUUAUAUGAAAAUAAUUGAAAAAAGAGGUAUGGAUACUGCGGACAAGCGGUAACGGUGAAAUUUCAACUCAAAUCUCACAUGAAAAAAGUCCUAAUAUCUUUUCAUAGUCCAUGUUUUUCCCUCCUUUUCUUUACAUCAAUCGGAACCGGCUUACCGCUAAGACUAAUCAGCUCAAGGAGAGUAGCAUACCCAUUUUUAUUAUUUUAAAUUUUAUUGGACGCACUGUAAGUGAUACCUAGUAGUGUGGAAGGGAUAUCCACACCUUUAACCUAGCCCGCAUAAGGGGAAUUCAUAAAGACGGGAAUCUGAAUAUUUUCUUUUUUUCUUCUGUUUGUGAAGGUUCCGCAAUCGAGGGAAGCAGAAUAUAUUUGUCGCACUUGCCACAACGACGUAAUUGCCGAAAAAGACAAGGAAAUAUUAUAUUGGCAAAAUAAAUAUAUAAAUUCAACAGCGACCACACAGAACUCUCGGAAUCCGAAGUUUCAAUCACUAGAAAAAGUAAUUGUAACGACAAACAACCAAACGAAGUAUAGUUUUCGUUUAGAGCCGGAAGAAGAGAGAAAAUUGGACGACAUUUUUUUCCCUGACGAACAACCAAAGACGACCGGAAUUCUAAAGCUUCAUCCGAAUGAUGAAGCAGUACUUUCAGCCGUUUUGUUUCCAGAACCGACUCUUAGAUUGAGGAAACCGGGCAUCAAAUCUCGAGAGACAUCUGGAGACUCACCACAAAGAAGAGUUUCAGGAACUGAAAAAAGAGAAGUCAGAAAAAGCCGGAUCUUCAACGGCGACGGCUCAACAAGAUGACGACGAAUAUUUGAAAGUCAAAAUGUCGCCACAAGUCCUCAAGAGGAGCUGCGUUAAAAUAAUAACCCUUGGCGGUCGUCCUUUGGAAUGUAUGGAUGACGAAGGUUUUCAUGACAUCAUCGGCCCAAUCAUAGAUGCAAUGCCAGCGCAUAAACAAUUCGCGAUUUCAGCCGGCACCGUCAAGCGAAUGAUUCCUGACGAGGCGACUCAGCUAGUGAUGAAUUUGCGGAGUGAACUUGCACGCAGGUUUGUAUGCCUGAAAGUUGACGCCGUUUCCCGUCUGCAUCGCAGCUUUCUUGGCAUAAAUGUCCAAUUCAUCGAAAAUGCCCAGGUCUGCAUAAGAACGUUAGCGGUGACGGAAAUUACAAAGAAGCACACAGGUGAGAACAUGAAAGAAAUGGUCUUGGAGUGCCUGAAGAAGUACGGUGUGGAUUUGAAGCAUGUGUAUACUUUCACUACAGACAACGGAUCCAACAUGAUCAAAACUGGGCGGCUUUUACAAGUCCUCCAGGAGAAAAAUUACAUCUCCGAGGUGGAUGCAGAGAUGACACAAUAUUUGGAGGACUUCUUUGAAGGUUUAGAAUUUGAUAUAGACUCCGCCGGUUCCAUUUUAUCCUCUGUCCCUUGUGCAGCACACACGCUGCAGUUGGCAGUGCUGGAGUUCCUAAAGGAAGAAAUCAAUAAAACAAUUCUGGAAAGAGCACGCCAAGAAGUGAGGACUCUUCGGACUCAAAAUUUGGUGCUUAAGUUGAAGGAGUUGAAAUUGCCUAUCCCGACGCUCGACUGCAUAACGAGGUGGCAUUCUACCGAUGAUAUGCUGGCAUCUCUCUUGAAAUUAAAACCGUUUUCAGAACAACUGCAAAUCAAAUUGACCGAGGCAGAAUGGAAAGAAAUAGAGGAGCUUCACAAAACGCUAGAGCCAGCUAAAAUAGCGACGAAGGUGUUUGAAGAAGAGCAACUGUUAAUAGGAGACUUUGUUGCGUAUUGGAUGCGCAUGAAAGGAAAAAUUAAGAAGUUGAAUACUCCGUACGCAGACAAACUAGUAAGCUACAUCGAAGCACGGGAACGGAUACCGGCGGCUAAUCGAGACACACCGUUAAUGAAGAAUCCGGCAGUUGUGGCAGCCCUUUAUCUCGACCCAAGGUACUUCAACGUGUUGAGCGAAGAUGACGUGAAAUUAGCUGAAAAUCACAUAUUGAAACUAUAUGCCCGAAUGUGUGAAGAAGAACCGCGACAGCCUUCGCAAGAAGUUCAAGAAGUUUUUUCUGACGAGGAAGAAGACGAGUUCCGAGCGAUGCUGAUAGAAAAGGAAAGAGAACGAACGAUUCGACCGUCGCCAAAGAAACGCGGGAAGGUCGCCUUGGACAUGGAACUAGACCUGUAUGAUUUUCGCAGCAGGAUAAAGAUGGUGCAUCGUAAAACUAACAUCUUAGAAUGGUGGCAAACCGAGGGCUAUCGUAAAUGGCCCCGCCUUCUCGCCAUUGCGAACAUAGUUUUAGCUGUACCCGCAACCCAAGUAUCGGUGGAGCGAUUGUUUUCCGGCCUGAAGUAUAUAUUUUCGAAAUCCCGAAGCAACAUUGGGUCCGAACUGUUAGAGGCAAUUACGGUCAUAAGGAGCAAUUCGAAGUUUAUGGAAAGGUACGUAGUCCCAGAAUGUGCAAUUGACAGGAGAAGCAGUGCGGAAUCAGCAUCUGACGAAAGCUUCAAUUCAUCGGUCAGCUCAUCCUGAAUGUGUAUGUAACGGUGUAACUCCAAAAAUUAAU